UAAUUGCACGUUUUAACAAACAACAACCUUCAUCCAAUAAAACACUGAGAUCUGUUUGUACAUUGUUUGGCGUCUUAAGGCUUCACAUUUCGUGAAAGAAGCCACUUAAGUCCUUUUCCGAGGCCAUUCUUCGCAUGCAACGUCGAUAUCCUAGUUAGCCACAGACGUAAAAACGCUUCAUAAUCGCACGAAAGCUAAGGAAGAAUCGAACAAACCUUUUCGCUUAUUGUGUAAACACACGCGCGCCAGGGUAAAAUACAAAAUGCGUUUUAUUGCUAUAAUUGGUUUGGCUUAAGCGAUUUUUCACUGCUAAAAUGCUUGAUUUUUGUCUUAUAAGCCAUGUUUGACUUCGUACUUAUGUGCGGCGUUAAUCUUCCUGAUAAGUGAAUCUAAAGUACGUGUUCGAUAAUUAUGGAGUAACGAAGGGGCGGGCAGCCAACACUGAAUUGAAAUAGCAGCCUUAAAGACCUUGCGUUUUAUGUACUCAAUGGGUUUGUAACUGUUGAAUGUAAUGACAGCCUCAACAAUAGCAAAGUUAACGAAAAAUUGCUCUGGAAUCAAAGACAUUAAGAGCUGCCACGGAAGCACUAAAUUUUCAAAUUUUCAAUUACCUCGAUUCGUCUGACACCGGAAAAAGCCAAAGAUCUAAAUCAAGUACAAAGAUAUUGGCGAACACUGGCUUGCGAUACUCCCAGCUGCGAUCUAAUUAGUGUUUUCUUCGCUUCUAAUCGCGUGUUGACAAGCGACAGUGUCAAGUCGUUGAUAAAGCUGGAUCAUUUGAUCGUGCAUGACAUAUGCUUGACUGCCAGACUCUUAGCACUGAAGAACGUACGGCCACGCCUUCUGAAAUUGACACAUGUCUCGUCCAUUUCGAACCCUACGCAUAUUUUACCGCGCGAGUUACAAUACUCUUCUCAAUGAAGCUCUAAGCUCCGUCGCUGUCUCAAUGGCUGGAUGCCCUUCCAAAAUGAGUUCGUUUUCGAUAGACAGUAUACUUGCUCUUCAAGAGACCAAGUGCGGCACUGCACAAGACAAUGAUAUCCAUAAAAAUAUAAAUGCGUUGAGCGUCGAAGAGCUUCGAGAUGAGGAUGUCACUACUUCUAAAUGUGGAGAGCGCAGAAGUUCUCCAAGUUCGAGUCUAACAGUAGGAAUAGAGGAGUCCUCUUACGAAGCUGAUUCUACAGAAAGACUUGAUGCCGAGGAUUUUAGCAACGAGACCGAUCAAGACCAAGAAACGGAAAUUCCAAACACCAAAAAGCGAAAGCGGAGAGUAUUAUUUUCCAAGGCGCAAAUCUUUGAGCUGGAGAGGCGAUUUCGGCAGCAGAGAUAUCUCUCCGCCCCAGAAAGGGAACAGCUUGCAAGACUCAUAAACCUGUCGCCGACUCAGGUCAAAAUAUGGUUUCAAAAUCACCGGUACAAAUUCAAGAAACAAGUUGGUGAUAAGGGACACAUCCUAGGAGAAACCAUGUCGUUUAUGAGCCCCAGAAUUGUUCCCGUGCCGGUAUUAGUGCACGAAGGACAGCCUUGUUACCGACCUAGAGGCGCAGUGACUUCUCGGCAGGAAUUCAGUAAUGGCUUCUCAUAUCCUCCGGUGCCGUUAUUGUACUCUAGUCCUGCCGUGUAUAAUACCCGUUACUGGGGCUUCUCUUAGAGUAUAGUAAUACGUUAGUAAAUAGCGGUUGAAGGUAGUUAUUUUGUUCAUAGAAACCCAAUCGAAAACGUAAUCCUAUUCGCGUCUGCACUCUCAGGGGUAUAAUUUCGUGUUUCAUCAUUCAAAAUCGCUCAACACGUUUUAUGUAAUUCCUGCAAGAUUAUAAGCCUUUUAAACUUGCGCAAACUAGUCAGUUAUAAAAUAGAACCUUGUGUUCGUAAACUGGUGGAUUCGUUUACUUUACUAAGCUUUAGGAUUUAAGCUUCGUUUGAAAAGAUCUUCAGUUAACGCCAUGUGCAACAUUAGUUUAUGUACAAAAGAUUAUGUUCGUACCUGUUUUGUAUUUCACGAAUAGCGAAUUGUUCUCCACUGUGAUUUAGCAAACGGAGGUGAUAAAAUUUCCACCAAAGGCGUGAAUAAACUUAAGCAUUCGAUAGUUCUCCACUGGUGGUUUUUUUUUUUAUUGUUAAGAGUUCAUUGUCUGUCAUUGAAAGCUUUGCCAAGGCCGCUUAGGUUAUCAUAGAGUUGCAAUAUUUGCCAAGAACUUGGCAAACAAGUUGUACAUGAUUAUGAGAUUUUGUAAUCUACAAAUAGUUUAGAGUCAUACGUACUCAGGGAUUAAGAAAUCCUUUUUUUAGCCAUUAAAGAACAAUAAAUGUUCCUAGUACGGAAAAAAAGUCAAACCGGACAUAUUCUAUGCCAACAAAGCACCGCUUUCGUAUUGUGUUCAUCCGUCAUAUCAUUGCGUGGGCUUGUUUGGGACAUGAUCCUUUUUGUUUAUAGCAUCUCAGAAUUUUGCUAGAGUUCACGGAUUUAAAAUUGUUAGAAACGUGAUGUUAUCUUUAGAGGUGGAAUGAGAGCAGAGGACUUUAAGUCUUUGUGGGAGUCACGGCCGCGGAGAGCGGAUAUAUAGGUUGCGAGAUAAGAGCGCUAGCUCACAAAAAUUGGCGCGGAAAUCUCUAUCUGUGUGCAUCAACCACAGCUUUCACUCUUGACGCACGCUUUGAACUGAACAAGUAUUUUCUAAAAGGCGUAACUGCCUUUUGUCAGUGCUUUUGAACUCUGCAGAAGGUUACGAUGUUGGCCAAAUGCGGGCAAACAAGAAUGCACAAAGAAUAUAUUUUUCAAAGCUUGCGCGCGAUUCGGAUCGGUCAACAAUGCCCGUUGACAUCCGACUGGAGAACAUUUCCAAAUUCACAACGUAGCACUCUUGUUUACAAAGCUCUGGCUUGUGUUAAAAAAUUGAUUAACAAGCAGUUAAUCUUCAAAAUUGAGACUUCAAAGCCAACUUUAGGCGAUUACGUUUUCAAAAUUAAAGACGUUUUAGAAUUCCAGUGUCGCUAAGUAUUUUCAACCGGUGACUACUUACUGUAUUGACAAGAAUUUAGCAAAUAAAGGUAUACAGUAAAAAGUACUAAACGGCUUUUGUAACUCCCCUUAAUAGAAUAUAUAGCAAUAGUCAUUAAUUCAAGAUUGGCAUGAUAAUUUUGGCUAGAAAUAAAUCGAAAAUCCUUUACGAAAACUCGA